GACGUUGGCGCGGUUGUUGAAAACAGACCCGGGCAGAGAUGUUUGUUGACAUGAGUCAACAAGUCUACAAGUCUUUUCUGUUUGCCGGUUUUUAAAAAAGGACGUUUUACAGCAUUGCGACAGCCAUGGAAUUAUCUCCGCUUAUAAAGAAAAUAGGUCACUCUUUGGUGGAGAUUAGAGUUCGAGCAUUGAAAAGCAUCUUAUGUAAGCUGGAUCUGUCUCUUAUCUCUGUUGAUGACAUCGUCCAAGAAAAGAUGCUGUUCGUGUAUCUGCUGGAGUGGUUCAAUUUCCCAGAAGUGCCAAUGAAGGAGGAAGUCCUGGAGCUGCUUUCAACUUUAUCAAAGAACCCCGGUGCAGCCCAGAUGCUGAGAGAUGUAGGGGCGGUGGACUUUCUCACUCAGUUAUCUCCUACCAUGGAGCCCAGACUGCGAGCUGUCAUCGAUGGAGCUCUAGACCAGCUGUUCCAGCUUCCCGAGCUUCUCCCCAGUCAGUCAGCUGUCUACUCACAUGGACCCCGCAGCACAACUACAACAGCCCCAACGAUUGUUUCACCAGAGGAUAAUUUGCCUAAAAUGGGUUAUUUCCACAAGAACACGGACAGCAGCAGAGACGUACCACCUCAGAAGAUCGCAGUACAUGAAUCUGUGAGAUGCCUGAAGUUUUCUGUGUUUCCGUGGCUGACUUUGACAAACACAGACAGGCACAUACUUUCCUCUAAUGAGAGCUCUCUGAGGAGCAGCAAUCCCAACCUGGUGAGAACCACUUGUGAACUUCUAUGUGACGUCAUUCUGCACGAUUUUCCUGCUGAGAUCUUCCUGCAGAGGCCUGGCAUUGUGCAGAACCUUCUGUCUCUGCUGCGGCUGGCUUUGGGAAGCGGUGAGGCGAGUUACCUCCACUCGCCCGCCGUUUCCUGCCUGCGGCAGCUUUGCGUUGGGCUCAGGAGGAGGCUGCGCUUUCAUCAAGAUCCAGGCUUCUACUCUGCAAAGCAAGAUCCAGCUUCACAGAACUCGUCCUUUUCUUACGCCCAUGAUGUUUUGGGGAACCAGCGUUCCCAGACGUCCUCCCCCGGGGCCGAGCGCUCUCCCCGGCCUUCGGUGGUGGGACACGCAGGCCAGAGAGCCAGGGGAGAUGGCCAAGAUGGAGAUGCAGCCUCCAACAGUGGCAGCUCACACGGAGGCGGGGCAACGGCCCAGGCCCCCGGGGAGAUGCCACAUUCACCUGCAGAUGCGGCGCAGUUGGAGCUUCCUGAUCUAGGAGUAGAAGACAUUAUGGAGCUGCAGUUCCAGCAGCUCACGGUGGCCCAGUUCACUGUUGCUACCAUGCAUCACGCUAUACCUCUGCUUCAGACAGAAGGCUUGCGUGCGUUCCACAGUGUUCUGGAGCUGCUGUGCGAUGCCGUGCUCCUGCUCGGGGACAGCGUUUGCGAGCUGGUCUGGGACGACGGCAGCCUGGUGGGGAUGGAGCUGAAGGAGAAGCUACAAGCCUGCAUGGAGCUGCUGGGGGAUAUUCUCAGCUAUCAUCAGAACUGCUCAGCAGAGGUUCCCCACUGUUCCCAAAUUCAUCACAGAAUGGCGUAUACAGGCACUGCCAUUUUUACCGUUAAACUCCUACAGACUGUCCUCCCUCCAGAAAAGGCUAAUGAUAACCUCCCAGAAAACACAGCGACAGCUCUUUUCCACCUAUGUUUGGAUGCAUCAUUGGGAAAUUUAUUGCCCAGCAUGCAAGAGACUGCAGUGGCCUACUUGGAGCAGGUGAACUCAGACCACCAUGACACCUACAGGAGGGUGAUCCGAGCCGCCACGUGGAUGGAGUCAACUUGUAACUUCCUGAAAGAAGUGAAAGCUGAAGGGGAGAAGAACUGGUUGGAGUUGCUGGAACUUGCCGAUCAAGCCAUAGACGGUCUUCCGUUUCACAAGCAUCUGCCCAUCAUCAAAGAAUGCAUCCACAUGGUCUCCUACCUCUGGAAGUUCGAUCAGCCCAGUCCUCUGUUGCAGACCGAGAGCCAGAAGCUCUUCCUCAAGCUGCUGUCUCAUCCUUCACCGCCUGUCAAAAUGGAAACAUACCAAUGCACUUUAAACCUGGUCAAGGAUUGCCUUGGCAUCCACAAUCUGCCACAACAGAAACAGGCAGCAUGCGCCAGGGUCCACUUCCUCCUCCACCACAGAGUUCUCUAUGAAAUAAGCACCUUUGGACUCCAGGACUCUGCAGAAAAGGUGAACACAGCUGCCCAGGAUAUCCUGCUGUUCCUGCUCAAGGGGCGAUUGAUGAUGACAGCAUCAGCCUGGGACAGAUUCAAUGAGGCACUUUACCUGGUCGUACCUAUUUUACAGGGCUAUGCCAGCACUGAAGAGUCACUUGGAAAGUGUGUCCUGCUGAUAAGCGACAUGUCGGACGUGGCAGGAGACGACGUUCCCACAAGUACAGCCAAGCUAAAAGCAGCGCUCCGACUGCUUUUCACCAAACAGCCCACUGUAAGAGUAGCAGCAGUGCAGCAAGUCCUGCCCCACCUUACCAGCAGUGGGGAUGCAAAAACUUCCAGACCAGACGUGGAUCAAUCUGUGAUUGCAUCCCUUCCUAACCUCUUUUGCCUCCGAAAUCCCGUGGACGUCACACUCGACACACGCAAGUCCAUCCUGAAGGUGGAGUCGGUGGAGAAGCUGUUUAGUAUCCUUCACACAGACACGUCUGACGUUUCCCUCAGAAGAUCGGCAGCAGAACAGCUGUGUGUUGUGCUACAAGACACAACCAUGCAUCCAGUCCUGAAGAAUCUUGGUUUACCUGAUGAAGUCUUGUCGUUAAUCACAGAGUGUGUGAGUGGCAACGAGAGCUUUGAUUGUCUUCUGGAGUCCUGUGUUUGCAUCUUGAGAAAACUGGUGUAUGCCGAUCCCUCUCUGAGGCGCAGCCUGGCUCAGCGCAGCCCUCCGCUCUUCGCCCUGCUCAGGGCAUCGUUGAUUCUGAAGGAAAACCAGGGGAACGGAAGUGAAGCGGCUGUUCUCAUGAGCCUGCUGCUCUUUGAUGAGAUCGCCAGCAUUCAGAUGUGGUCAGACAAAUCCGCCACAGAUGUGACCCAUCCACCCUUCUCCUUACCGCUGACAGCAGUUCGCAGGUACAACAUCCCCUUCCAGGCAGCGACUCAUCAUGCCAUUAGCCCCUACUGCUGUGUUCUGGCUCCUUCUGCUGACCUUCUGACCCUUAGCCCCGCCCUCCGAGCUCUGCAGGUGGCCUGGAACACCGCAUGGCAUUCUGGGAUGGAUAACCUCCUUGAAAAGCUGAACAGUGAAGCUGGUGAUCCUGAAUUUCAUCCCGACCUGCAGCUGUCAGAGUCCCAGCUCGUGUCGAUGCAGGCAUCUCACCUCCCGUAUGCACUGCAGGAUUGCAUCCGGGCCAUCGCCACUGCAGCGGGGCACAGGUCCGUGGCCUCUGCCCUCUCCAGGCUCAGCCUCUACUUGUUGUUCGACAGGCUGGCUCGCCCUCAUGUUUCACCUCACAGCUGCAGAGACGUCCUUCACUCCCUCAGCUGGCAGGCAGCACUGACCAGGUUUGUCCAGGUGCGCCCAGCCUGUGUCGAGGACGAAAGGUUGCUGGUGGGAAUUGUGACACUCCUGAAUACCUACUUCAAACACAUUCCCACUGAGACUGUGUGUGAAGCCGAGGACGGGGACCUGCGCUGGAUACUGGAGCUGCUUCUCAACCAGGAGACUGCAGCUCUCCUUCAUCUGCUCCUCGGUGUGGAGGCGCAGAGCUCCCCUCGGAGCCCGGGGGAACCGGAGGAACUGAAGAACCACAUCAGACAGAGACUGCAGCGGGAACUCACCGGCUUCUUUAACACGCUACUACACCGACUGUCACACACCGCCGACAGGCUGUGUUUGGCACCAGCGGGCCCCUUUAGGAGCCAGCUGGCAGUCCGUUUGCUUCAGAGCCUGCGGGUGUCUGAUGCCCCACGUUUCUAUGGCCUCCCCAGCCUGGAGAGGACUCUGCAGGGCAUGGUGAGCCUGACUGCCCAGCCUGGCUGGAGCUCCCACUGCCCUGACCUGGAGCCCAGCUCCCUCUGCUCCAAGUAUCUCAGUGGAUUAUUGGAGGUGAUCUCCUCGUUUUACGUGGAGUGGAGAGGGAACUCCUCGUCUUUCAUGGGGAAAGGUGUGACCAAGAACGCCGUCAUCUGCCUGCUGCACUUGUCUCAUGAGAUGAUGGCUGUGAACAAAAACAAGGACUUCAUUUCCCAGUGGUCUUUGGGAAACGAGGGAACAAUGGAGGAAUCUGGCUCCUCUCAGCUGGGAUUGGCCUGGCUGAUCCCUUUGUGGGUGGACCGGGAUCAGGAGGUGAGGUUUGCCAGUUUGGGUUUAGGUGCAGCUCUGACUUCUGUGCCCAGCGGGUGCCAGGCUCUGUGUGCCAGCUGUCAGAACAUCAGCGGAGGUCUGUGGGGCACGUUGCUCAACAUCCUCCUGGAUCAGCAGGAGAGCAGCAUGGUCCGCAGGGAGGCUGCGUUUAUCUUGCAGAACUUGCUGCUGAUGCCCAUGCCUGCCAACGCAGAGGAGGCCAAGGACUCCCACUGGCAGCAUCCAUGUGUCCACGACGAGGUGUCUGGUGUGUCUGUGGUGGGUCUCCCAGCCUUGCAGGCUCUGCUUUACCACUGUCAGUAUUUUCAAAACGUGGCUCACGCUGCCUCCAGUUGCUACCGUGGCCGGUACACGUUCCAGCUCCGGCCUGGGGCUGCUGGGAGCACUGGCCCCUCGCUCCAGGAGAGCUCUUCAUCUGAUUCUGAGAACUCUCUGCUAUUGUGGAGAUGGGACCCACCUCCCAGCAUCAACUCUAGACGACCUUCCAGCUCCCUUUCCACUUCCAGCACCGUGCUCAGCACUGCUCCAAUCAGACGUCUGAGGCCCAACACUCCUAAAGUUCCCUCUCCGGUGGGCAUCGCAGACGAUGCUCCCGCUGCCAGUAGACUGAUGGCUCAAGGACAGAGCGAUGGAGACACAAGCAACUCAUCGCAGGACUCCCAACAAGAGGAGCCCUCAGCCGUGCAGCCCGUCGUCAUGGUAACUCCUGACCUCUUGACAGCCCACUGCAGCCUGCUGACCAAUCUGCUGGCCAUCCUGCCAGAUUUCACCCUCACUGCCAUCCGACAAAACCAGCUACUUCAGGUCCUGGCCAGUCUGGUGAAUAUCGAGUCCGUUGAGAAAUGUCUGACUGAGCUGAGGUCACCCAGCAUCCUCCCUGGGGACCGAGAAGACAUCAAGCGUCAGCUCGUAACUGCACUUCGGUUCCUGUCCAGCUUUUCCAAACUGCUACAGUUUUGUGUUAUGGCGAGCAAGGAGCUGAUUGGCCAGAUGGACUUCCUGAAACAGUUGAAUCUCCUGGCUGUCGUUAUGCUGGAUACUAAAGGAUUAGACGCAGGAACCCGGGACGUGUUUCAUGCGUGCUGGACGGACGUGUUUAUGCUCCUGGCUACUCUGCUGAGGAGAGACAGCUCAGCAGCGCACCCGUCUGUCUCCUCCAUGCUGGGGAGACGCUGGCGGACAUUCGCAGGAACAAUAUCAGAGUGUGUGAAUGAGAAGUUUGCGGACCAUCUUCUCUACACGGCGACCCUGCAGUUCCUCUCUACAGUUUUCACAGAGGAGACGAAGCGCCGCAGCGUGGAAGUCACAAACUCCACAUCAAAACGCGACUCCGGCCUGUCAGAAAUCCUGAACGGAGCCUCUGCCAGCCAGCUGUGUGAACUGUUGCUGCAGAGUUUUGAGAGGAGGACCUCCCAGGACCCGUUGAAAAAGCUCACAGCCAGAGCGAUGAUGACGCUGCUGGCGUGCAGCCCCACAGCUCAAAACUACGCAGCUAAAGUCGGUCUCAUCGACAGCUGUGUGGAGCAGCUGAGGCAGACACAAUCACAGCUCCACCUGGAGUCGCUCCGACCCGGCAGGACGUCUCACCGCAGAAAGGAAGGAGGCUGUUUAAAGGAAGUCAGGCUGGCUGCAGAGAUGCUGCAAAGUACUCUUUAUAACAACAACGAAUGCAAAGUGGCUGCAACGGAUGCCCGUCUAACGCCGACGCUGCACGCUCUUUGGCCUUGGCUCUUGUUGGACGACCCCACCAUGGAAGUGGUGCUGGAGCUUCUGUGUGUUUACACUGCCAACUGCCCACCAGCAUGCAGUUCUCUGUGCAGCAGCGUCCCAGGUGGCGUACCGGGUUCUAAAGGCUCUCUGAUGCACUCGGUCAUGAAGCUGACCUCGCUUACGGCAGACUGCAGCGCCGUUCAGAGCCUCUCCUUCUCUCUCCUGGUUAACCUGACCGUGUCGCGGGACUGCAGGUGCAUCCUGCAGAAGAAUAAUUUCCUUCAAGCGUUUCUGCUGGUGCCGGUGCCCAAAGCGGCCGGCGCGAAGGCCACGUCUGGCGCUACGAGCCCCCUGAGCCUGUGGCUGAGGCUGUUGGUCAGCCUGUCGUCCACCGAGGACGGCCAGCAGAGCAUCCUUAAGGUGACCGGCGCUCUGGAGCUGCUGGCGGACUUGGCACCACAUCGACGACAUGCGUUGCUCACGCUCCACAACCUCUGCUUCUGCCCGGCCAACAAAUCCCACGUCAUCUCCAACGAAAAUUCCAUCAAGGUUUUGAUGUCGUGUCUUGAAAGUAGAGAGAUGGAAACCUGCUGUAUGGGAGCAUCUGCCCUGUGGGCGUUACUCCACAACAAUCAGAGGGCUAAAACUGCCCUGAAGUGUCCUUCUGUGCGGUUAAAAAUCAAAGAGGCCCUUUCCACCUUUAAGACAGAUGCAGAGAAGAAGCAGGAUCCUCUAAGUGUUUACCUGCUGAAGUGCCUGGAGCAGCUCUCCCUGCUGCUGCUGAAUAAACGAUCGUGUGGCUCUAGAUGUGUUGUGAAUCCCACAAACCAGAACUCACACCAAACUAACUUUACCUCAAACUAAACUUAAAUUUCAUCCCAGUGCUUAGAAGCGCUCCCCUCCUAUAAAAAAACAAACAAAAAAGACACAACACAGUGUUCAAAUCUUCAUAACUAUGAGGUAUUUAGUCAUCA